AUGAGCGCCGAGGUUAGUGCACCCCAAUGGCGAUCGCUCGGAUUCAACGGUUCAACAUCCGACGGUUGCGGACCGCCGCCGUCAUCGCACGGCACUGUAUCGUCGCCCGCGCUCGGCAAUGGCGAUACGGCCAGCUCGGCGGCGACAACAACACUUCCUGAUCUCAUACCGAUUUCCGGUGUUACGGUGGUGUCUCCAGCCGGCAAACCCGACCGCACGAAUGGUCCCGGCGAAAAGCACAUCAAUCACAACAACAACAUAAUCAACGUGGCCAGUAACGGCACCCUGGCCGGCGCUGGGUCGUCGGUACCGGUGGGGCCACCCGAAAAGGAUGACGGAUGUUCGGAGGAGUUUAACUGCGAGCUGGUGCUGAGCGCACUGGACGCCAUCGGGCAGGACGAUGCGGGUGACGGUGUCGGUGGACCGGGGGGUGAGAUCGGACUCGGUGCGGCAACCGAAUCUAACACCGAUCGGGACUCCGGCUUCGAAACACCCUCACUAGAUACCACCACCAUUGGUUGGGAGAAACCGGAAGUGGACGGUAGCGUGACAUCGGAGAAACAUCGCACCGAGAACGGACAAGGACAGCACUAUGUUGCACACGUUGUUGCAGGGGAGUGCAGCGAAUCGAAGGACACGAAGCUGAUACUGAGACGACGGAACGUCACGUCGGCGUCACCCGGCGCCGGAAGUGAACAACCGGGGAAGUCAACUGAUGCGACACUGGCCUGUGAAACGAUGACGUCAAUGAAGCCGGUGUCCGCUGUGAAGACGGAAGCCACCGAGCCGGGCACGGAGACGGUGGGCAACGCACCAAAACUACCUUCAACAAUGGUCGUGGUUAAGCAGGAAUUGGUAGAAUCGGGAGCGAUUCCACCCACGAGUGUUGGAAUUCCACGCCCGGUGGGACAUCCGCCGAAGCGAUCGGGCUACAAGGACGAUCCACUUCCGCUGCCGCUCGAACCGAAAGAGCACCGAAAGUCCAACCGGCGGAGACAGUUUACCGAUCGCAUCAUUGACACGCUCUGUCUGCCGGAAAUCUUCUUCAAUGCACGUGUACGUCCGAAGCCAAAACCGAAGCUGCCGUGCGUCAAGCCAACCGCGGGCAAACCUUCGGGAACGAUGGCAUCCGGGCCGGGUGCGAAGAAACGUGCCAUUCCUGCGCUUACGGUGAAAAAAGCACCAAAGACAUCCCAGCCGCGUUCUACGUCCGCCAUGUCGAACGGUGGGUUGGAGAUGUCCUCGUCGGGCAGGUCCUCGUCGGCGGCAUCGCAGGUUGCCGGUAAGGUGGAACGGUCACCGAGCGUACCGUGCACGGUCACCUCCAACGUCACCACCUCCACAGUUCCUAGAGUAAAUCCCAUCUUUCUGUUCGUGAAGCAGGAGGACACGCGCAUCGUGGAGGUCCGGUGCGAGGACUACGACAAGCGCAACCGUAUACGAUUGACCCGCACCGGGCCGGGUAGUUGGCGGGCGAUACCCCGCACCGAUACCAGCUCCUCCGUCAUGUUUUCCCUGCUGCCGCCCCGGUCCGAGAGUGGAUGCGAGGAGGAAACGGCCAGCGAUAGUUGCGGUGGUGGUCGGACGUCCGCCCUAUCCGCGUCCGCUUCUUCCGUGUCACCAAAGUACAAACUUUCCGGCAAGUCCGCACACAGACAGCACCAUCAUAAGCAUAAAAAGAGCAAGAAGAAGAAGAAGCGCCAUGUUUCGGAAGGUGCAGCGUCGGAAUGUGCCGAAGAGAUGAUGGAGAGGGCGAUGGAGGAGGAUGACGAGGAGGAGGAGGUGGAGGGUGAGGAGAGUGUUGGUGGUGGGGGAAGUCGGAGCAGUACUAGCUGCAGCACCAUCAGCAGGCUGGUGGCGACCGGACAGCGAAAGGUUACGUUCAGCCUCGGGGUAAAGCAGGAGAAGUGUGAACCCACGGCUGCCGCCAGCACGAUCGAGGAUCGUACGUACCAUGACCACGAACGGUUACGAUCGGCGGAACAGGAAGCGGCGGCGGCGGCAGAGGAACGGGAGCGCGAGGAAACGAUAGCGGAGCUGAUCCGGAACUACCACGAGCAGCAGCAAAGGCAGCUGCAGGAGCUGCAGGAGAAGCUGCAGGCCAGCAGAAGAAGCGAGCUGUUGGGUGGUGGUGCGAGCGGCACCGGUCACCAUAAUAUCAGUAGUUUUAGCGAAUCCAGCUCGGCGAACGGCAACAUUAUUAGCAACGGUAAUCCCAGUGGCGAUAUGGAGGUGAAAGCGGAAGAGGACGGUGGAACCGGCUUCUACCCGAGGCUGUUGCUGGGAAGCAAUGGUAGCAAUAAUAAUAGCGGUAGUAACAAUAUUGGUAACAGUAGCAGCAGCAGUAGUAGUAGUAGUGGUAAUAUCAACAAAACUAUUGGUAGUAGUAAUAGCAAUGGCGGAGAAGGACGAACACUCGAGAACACAAGCAAUAGCCAUAAACGGCAGUCCGAGUUAUCGCAUAAGUUGGAGCUGCUGGAGCUGGACGACGAUGACGAUGAUGAUGACGAUGAUGGUGGCGCAGGCGGGAAGGGGGUUGGUGGUGUUACCAUACUCGAUGAUUACGGAGUGCACGACGAUGAUGUGCAUGGUUCGACGCUGGCAGCACUGGCGCGGACAGCCGAUCGGGAGUGGCCGAUUGCGAUGGCGAAGAAGUCGUCGGAGAUGAAAGCUCGCCGAACGAGCAUCGAGUCACAGAUACCAACAAACGUCAUCUCGGUGCAACAGCAGCAUCGGUGCAGUGACAUCGGUGCGCAUGCGCCGAAUGGGGGUCCGCUCGGGAGUUUGGUCCUGAGCGUGGACGAGGAGGAUGACGACGAUGAUGGUGGAGCUGCGAGCGGUCUGCUUGCACUCGAUGAACUUGGGCUUAAUCAUCAUCAUCAGCCGCACCAACACCACACCAUGGUAGACGACGACGACGACGACGACGACGAUGAUGUGCAGUUGCUCGGCGUGGAAGGCGGUCGGUCUAGCUUCGGCGUGGACCACCAUCACCAUCAAAUGCACCUGCACCAUGCACUUCGCUUCGACUCGACGGUAAGACCAUCGCCGGGAGACGCCAUCGAGCUGGCGGUUGCCGACGGACACGCUGUUAGUGUUGGUGCCGGAAAGGAAGCUGGGGAACGACGAACGCACGAGCACGACGAUGGCCAUGGUAUCAACAACAACCACCACCCGGACGAGAGCGAUGGUGGUAGUGCGUUGGCGGCCGCUAUAGCGGCCGCGGUGGCGGCGGCUGCGGCUGCUGCCGCUGCAGCCGAUGCACCAUUAGCGACGAGAACUAGCGGCAGCCCCACCGUCGUGGAGAUUGACGACGAUGAAGUGUGCGUUCUCGAGCAGCAGCAGCAGCAGCAGGAGAAGCGGCCAACACCAACACCAGCAUCGCAAGGACGACAGCAGCAGCAGCAGGACCAUGCGAAAGGAACGACCCGAUUGAAUAACGACGAUGGUACCACGACUUCGACGACGACGACGACGACAAUGAAUGCCGACAUCAUCGGCCCGGAUUGUGUAGGUACGACGUUCGCAAGAACAACCACUACGACGACAACGGCCUCGUCCUCCGCCAGCACUUCCGCAGGGGCGAUGGUAGCGGGUGCGGGCGGUGACGCGGGCAAGACGAAAUCGACUUGCAUCGAGAACAACGCGGAAGUGCAUCAUCCACCGCACAUCACCAUCAGUAGUGAUAGUGAGCUCGACGAUGACGAUCCGAAGCACGCGCUGCAACAGCAGAAUUCGGAUCUUCAGGAGCAACAGCAGCAGCAGCAGCAGCACCAACAAGAACACCACCAUUUGCACCAUCACCAUCAUCACUUGCAUCAUCACCAUCAUCAUCUGAGCGCCGAGUUUGGUGAUCUGAUCGAAGGCAUUGGGGAACUGCAGGCGGCUGGUGGGGUAGGAGCGGCAGGUGUAGGAGUAGGUGGAGGAGGAGGGCCAGGAGCACCAUCAGCAGCAGCAGCAGUAUCAGGCGGGCCGGCACACACCGGGACAGAGGCGGACGAUUUGCUGAAUGCGGCAGCGGCAGCGGCGGCAGCGGGCUGCGGCGACACUACGAUGACCGGGGCCGCCGAACUGCUCGACUCGCUGGUGGAGCAACAGCGCCGUGCCGACAGUGGCGGGAUGGGUGUAACGACCACCGCUGCGUUGUCCGUUGGGAAAAGCACCAACCCGAUCUACACGAUCGCGGACGAUUACAACGAUGACGACGACGAUGAUGUGCUGCUGGAACCGGAACCGGUGGCGGAUAUCAUCUCCCGGUUGGGCGAAUCGCUCAGCACCUCGCCCAAGUGUCUGUCGUUCAACGAGGCGGGUGAAAUCGAAGGCCUCACGGGCGAUCUGUUCGGUGGUGGGGGCGGUAGUGGUGGUGGCAGUGGCGGUGGAAUCGAUGGCGGUGAUGUGGGUGAUGAUGAUGAUCUGCUGCCGAAUCCGUUCGCGCCACAACCGGCCUCGUCCGGGACCGGUGCGGCCAUGCAAUCGCAGCAGCAGCAACAAAGCGGCGCCAGCACGGUGGAACUUGUGUCGAUGGUGGCGGCGAGUGCGGUCAGUGGCGGGAAUGAAGGGGCGGCAACCACCACAACAACAACGACCACCUCGUCGGCGGCUUCCUCCUCAACGAGCACGCUGGAAGACGAGUUGUCCAUCACGAUAAAGGAUUUAACGGAGGCGAGCGAGCACGCGAGUUCCUAUUUCGCCAGCACCGCCAACAGGGAGGUGUUGGAGACGACUAACGCCGUGAACGAAACGGCCGAAAGCGACAGAGCGGGCGGUAACGGCGAAUCCGCAUCAUCAUCUUCCGUGAGCACCUCCGCGAAGGAACUGCCCGCGGAGGCACCGAUUGUGAUAUCGCCCGACUCGUGCCAGGAGGAACUGCCGAAGGAUCUCAGCUGCCGCAAGCGAAGUCUCUCGCCGUCCCCGCGGCCCGUGUCGCAUAGUUCCGAUGCGAUACAGUCACCGCAACCGAGCGGACUGCCGGCGGUGCCACCAUCGCCGGAUCUGUUUCUGCAACCGAAAUCCAUCUCGACUUCCAGCGCGAGUUCUACGGCGUCCAGCAGCGUGAUCGAGGCGCUAAUGUCGCAGGCUGCCGCUGGCGUAAUGAGUGUAACGAAAAGUGCCCGACCUUUGUCGGGGGGUGGCAUAGUUGGGGGAGGGUCCAGCACGACAACCAGUACGGCCACCAGCACCAGUAGUAGCGCGGUAGCGACAACAACCACGUCCAAAACGGGCAACACACUGCAGCAGAAGGAACCGCUCGAUCUCGGGAAGUGUCGAAAGUCCGCCAGUCCCACUGUGAGCUGUUCGGAGGAAGCGAAGCGGCUAUCGUCCUGCUCAACCGCGUCCUCUUUAUGCAGCAGCGGCGGUAGUGUUACCGCGCACGACGAUACAAGUGAACCCAAGGCGAAACGCAUCAAAACCGAUCCCGAGCAACAGCAGCAGAGACCGAACAGCAGUGGCGUUGGAAAGCCGCUGUCUUCCGAGUCGCGUAGCCUGACGUCCUCCACGGUGGCGGCCGCAACGACAUCCAGCACGACGAGUGGCCAAAGUGUCGCCUCACUUAUCAACGCAAUGGCGGCUGGCGGCAGUGGUGCCGCGGUCAUUCCUUCCACGCAGUCGGCGGCGGCUGCUGCAGCAGCUGCGGCCGCGGCCUACAGCAAUCUCAACGACUCCGCCCGCCUGGUGGAGAUGCUAACGUCGGGCAACGAUCCGGAUCCGCUCACCCAGCUUCGCCUGCUCGUCGGCAAUCCCGCGUGGAAGGUUCCGGAUCCGUUACUAGUGCCAAAGGAUCGAUUGAACGCGGUGCUGGCGUCACCGGCGCGUGAAAUUCCACUCCUUCUAACGACCCGUCCCGAGCUAAGGCUGCCGGAAGCGUUCGCGUUUCCCAACAUUCUGCAAGAUCCGGACAUUCUGGUGAUCUCCCUGCAGCAGUUGGAAACCAUCCUGCAAACGCAGGAAGAGCUGGUGAAGUUCAAAACGAAGAGCAGUCUGGAUGGAACAGCAUCGGUCGCCACACCGCCCACUACGCCGGUGGCAAUGGCGGCCGCCGCUGCGGCGGCUGCGGCGGCUAGCAAAAAGUCCCAUGCUGCAACGGCCACACCAACUCCGCAGAGUCCUCUGGAAACGCUGAAGCAAACCCUAUCGGCGCAGGCGGCUAAGCAGAACCCGAUGAUGAGUUCGCUGCUAGCGUCCGGUCUGGCAGGCGAUAUCGAUGCGGCCACGACGGCCGCCUUCAACCAGAUGCUUUGGUUACCGUACCUCGGCCAGAUGGGCCAGUUUGCGCCGGAUCUGCUGAAAGCGAUGAUGAAUCUGCCCAACACGGCAUCAGCGGCUACGGUCGCAGCCGCCGUCGGUGGUGCCGCAGCCGGCGCGGGUGGAACCAGUCUGGCGGACAUGCUGCCGUUCAUGGGUCCACGGUUCCAGGACUUCUGCGGGUUGCCACCGGCAACCGCGACCAGCCCGCUCGAUUACAAGCGCCAGCUUGAGCUGGCCGUGCUGCAGGAAGCGAUGACCACCGCCAAUCUGCAGCAACGCAAGCAGCAGGAAGCGGCCCAGAAGAAGGCAGCCGCUGCAGCAGCAGCGGCCGCCGCAGCGGCAGCCCACGUCGACCGCAAGCCCGUCAUCGGUCCGAAGACGCUCGAGCAGCAGCGUUCCGUGGCGGCGGUCACUGCAGCGGCCAACAUGUUCCAAAACCAGCAGAAGAAGGCGGCGGCUGCAGCCGCCGCGGCAGCUGCCGCAGCCGGCAUGAUCAAUCCACUCUCGAUACCUCAGUUCAUGACGCCGCCCAGCAUGACGCACGGCAGCAGCACUCGGUACGGUGGUGGAAACGCUGGAACCGGUGGCGGAAGCUCGCGAACCUCCGCCCAAUCCAUGCUGCAGCAGCAGCAGCAACACCAGCAGCAGCUCCAGCAACAGCAGCAGCAAUCGUUCAGCCCGAGUGGCUUCAAAAAUAUGGCCAAUCUAAUGAACCAAGCGGCAGCGGCUGCCGCAGCGUCCGGCGGUCGACAGCAGCAUGGAUCCGGUGCGAGCACCCAUCGGCAGCAGCUCACAGCAAUGCAGAAGGCGAAACUGCAACAGCAACAGCAGCAGCAACAGCACCACCAUCAGCAGCAACAACAGCAGCAGCAACUGCAACAUCAGGCAAAUCUGGGCGCCGCGGGCAUGUUCGGUUCAGCGGCGGCCAAUUCCUUCUUCAAUCUUCCCACCAACUUCCAAGAGUUCCACGAACAGCAGCAGCAGCUCGCCCGGAAGCUCCAAAAGGAGCAGCUGCACCAGCAGCAACAGCAGCACCAGCAGCAGCACCAUCAUCAUCAUAAUCAGCAGCAGCAGCAUUCACAGCUGCAGCAGCAGCUCCAACUGCAGCAACAGCAGCACCAGCAGCUCCUGCAGCAGCAGAUGCAGCAGCAGCACCAUCACCAUCAGGAAGAGCAAAAGCCAAGGGUAACGUGCAAAUCGCUGAUGAAUUUGCUGCAGCCGGAGAAGCAGCAGCAACUGCACAAGCAUUCCGGUGCGGGCGGUGCGAACGGUGGGUCCGGCAGUGCCGGCAGCGCUUCCAGCAAGCUCGCCAACCUGAUGGCCAUCCCGGGGAUGGAUCUGUACACGGCGCAACAGCACGAACAACUACAGCAACAAAUGUUCCUACAGCAGCAGCAGCAGCAACAGCAGCAACAGCAGCAACAGCACAACUUCCUUCAGCAACAGCAGCAGCACCAUCUGAUGCAGCAGCAAGCGGGCAGUGCUGGUGGUAGCGGUGGCGGUAGCGGUAUGCACCAGCAGGCAAAGCUGAAGGUGAAACCCGGGCUGCACCUGCUCGAUCCGGCCGCCGUGCAGCGACGGUUGCUCAACACGGACGAUCUGGCGGAGGUGGGCAGCACCACGAACGGGCUCGACGAUACGACCGAUCUGUCGUCACCGCUGUGGCAUCCUCUGUUCGGCAGUGCCCAAAAAGGUCUGGCAGCGAGUGUCGGUGUCACUGCAACGGGCACGAGCGUUGGCAACCUGUCGUCCCUAACUGGCAGUGGUGGUUCCUCCGGAAGCGGCACUGCUUCAUCGAGCGGCAGCAGCGGCGGUGGUGCAGGUGGUAGCGCGAGUGGCGGUGGUGUUGGAGGUGGUGGAGGAGGUGGCGGAGGUGGCGGAGGAGGAGGUGCAAGCAGUUAUCACAGUCCAUGGCAAUGGACUACGAUUACCGCGACGGGCGAAUGACAUUA